AUGGAUCCUAACAGGAAGAAACUGUGCUGUUUUUUGGGAUUAUUUUUGCCAGCAGGCAAGCUGCUAACCAAAAGAAAGCAACGGAAACGUGAGAGUAGCGCUUUCGCGGGGAGGUGCUCGCCUGCGCUGACGCUCUGCGCAGUCACGACGUCAGAACAGACGCCGAAGCCUGUACAGUCAACGGCUGCUGAAGACUCCGCGGAAAGCGAGCUGCAGCUGCAGCUUCUGGGUCCGUUGCGUAGGCGCUCGCUAUGGGAGCGCGUCGACCACUACCGUCAGCAGGUGGCCGCGGAAACCCCAAGUCUACCCUCAACCCGGAACGCCCUGUUGAGCAACUUUGUUCCACGGAACAAAGCUGCUGCUGAAGAGGGUCUUGGUCUCGAGUGGGACGAGGCUAUCGAGGAACUGGCCUGCGGUGCACCGGCGACGAUAUGCCCUGUGAUUCGCUUCACCUGUCGCCGAGGACACGUGGUUUCAGUGGCAGCGAAUAGCAAGCUCGCUUCCCGGGGUGAAUGCCCUGUUUGUCAGUAUGCGGCGCGCUGCGGACGGGCGUCGUCUUUGAGGGAGUAUCGACCUCUGCAAAGCAAGCGCUUUGAGCGCUACACGCUCGACAUGCUCAAGGCUGCUGCAAUGGAACGCGGCGGCGAGCUCCUCUCCACCGAAUACGUCAAUGCACGUCGGAAGCUGCUCUGGCGCUGUGGACAGUGUAAGCACGAGUGGUUCGCUACGACGGACAAUAUUUUGAGACUCGGUUCGUGGUGUCCAAAGUGCGCUCGCCGCCAGGGCCGUAAUCGGGUAACGCUUGCAGAUAUGCAGGCCAUUGCGGAUAUGCAUGGUGGAGUGUGUCUGUCGAAAGAGUAUCGGGGUGCCAUGGUUCCACUACAGUUUCGUUGUGCAGAGGGUCACGAGUUCUGGGCGAACCCGAAUAACAUACGGCGAGGGAUUCGUGGCCAUGGAACGCAGCGCAAGCCGAGCUGGUGCCCGCACUGCGCGCGUGAGCGCCGCCAAAAGUCUUGA